AUGUCUACAUUCGCCAGGAGACGCAUUGUGCAGGACAUAUCUAAGGUGACCAAGGAUCCUCCGGACGGAGUGCGCGCGGAGCCUUUUGAUGACAAUAUGAUGGUAUGUCACGCCGUUAUCACAGGGCCUAAGGACACAUUGUGGGAAACAGGGAGUUUCCACCUUCUUGUCAGGUUCACCGAGGACUAUCCUACUAAGCCUCCUAAAAUCAAGUUCCUGUCUAAAAUAUACCACCCCAACGUUUAUUCAGAUGGAAGAAUUUGCUUGGACAUAUUACAGAAUCAAUGGACUGCCAUUUACGAUAUUUCUGCCAUACUCAUGUCGAUACAGUCACUACUGAGUGAUCCCAACAUAAAGUCUCCUGCAAACACUGAAGCAGCUACCAUGCUAGAGCAAGACAGGGUAGCUUAUGACAGGAAUGUGCUGCGCUGCGUGGAAGAUUCAUGGAUUUCCCCUAUCGUCACAGAAAAUGUGACUCUAUGA